AUGAGUGACAAGUAUAUUCGCACUGAAAAGGAGCAAUUCUUGAACCGAAUUGGCAGGGAACCCGGGUGGGGAUGGUCUCCAGCUGUGGACUUCAUCAAGCUGCUUGAAAAGCACGCGGCGCUUCGAUCUCCACACCACCAGUCGCAUGUCAACAACACUACCAGUACUACUACGGACACAAAAAAUGAGGCAGAGGUUGAUAAGACUCCUAUAAACCAUACUACUGAUGGUUUAGUUUCAUCCUCUUUUUCAACUUUGCCGAAUUGUGAUAAAACGCGCGAGAAAGCGAUUCUCAAUGAGAAUGAUUUGAAUGAAUUAAUAUCGAAAAUUCAAACGCAGGGACGUAGCCAAACAGCUAACAACAGUCCUGGAGAUGGUGUGGGGAUGUUGACUGCAGACAACAACGCUGCUGCCACGGACGACACCCCAUCGUGUGAGCCGGUAUCGAUUCUCUUAGCUGGUGCGGCGGAUAUACGGCAUAUCUUUCGAACUCUCGCCACCCUCCGCCUGCGUGAAGUACAAAAUGCUGAUGACAAAGCAAUAACACCCAUGUAUCAUAUUUAUCUUUACGAGCCUAGUUUGCGAAUUCACUGCCGACAUUUAUUUUUUAUUCAAUGGUUCUUGGAUAGCAUGUUUUCUUUAGAGGAGCUGGAGGAGCGCGUUUUGAUGUUUUUGGAGAUCUUUGGGAACUCUCUUAUGCGCGAUAUCACGGCAGCGCAGUUGCGAAACGUUGCCCAGCACCUUCUGGGAAGCCUCGAAAUGGAAACGGGCCCCCUGUCAAACAUGGUAAACUUUUCUGAGAUGAAACACAAAGAGAAAGAUUUUAUAGAGAAUCAGCUUCGAAAUUGGGGUAAAGAUAGUACACAGGCCGACAUCGCAGCGCAGUGGUCGAUGCUCCUUCGCCAAGACAUGGCAGAGCGCUAUGAUAACAGGGAUAAUCUCAUUGACUGGGACUUCGUCUUCAAUUUAAAAGAUUACACGCACUUCUUGAAGUUUCCAGAGUACCGUGUUUGGCGAAACACGGGUGUUGCCUAUGAUGUUUGCCAUAUCAACCCCCGCCGUGGUUUUGAGUAUGAUUAUACGGUUCCAAACAAAACUUUAUGCCUUUUCGAUCGCCAUGGCAGAGGAGUUUAUCGUGGUGAUAUUUCGAGCGGGCCUUUUUUUAGUUUUGGAUCCCUCACCGAGAAUAAAUUUCUCCACAACCGAAGCGCUGACGGAACGUGCAAGUAUGGCAACGGCGUUGUUUCGAUGCAUAACGUGAGGGCGUGGUUGUACACGUUCCUGACGGGAUCCGCAUGGCCAUGGGUGGAGCACGCCUUUGCCUGGGAUAACAGCAAAAACUACAACUACCUGCCGCCUAACAUCCCAAGCAGUAUUGCAUACCAGGCAGUCUUUCCCCGUGUUCGUUUUCAUUUCAUAGGACUUGACUUUAAUCGUUUUAUUCUUCACCAGGCAGAAGGUCGCAUCCCACGGAUGCAUGCUGCGUUUUUCGGAACGUCAUGUACACAACUUUUGACGCAGUCCUUUUUAAAUUCGGUAAUGCAUGACAGUGGUGUUGUGGUGAUGGAAACGGUUAAAUUUGUAGUGGAUGUCAAUGAUACCACAAAGGAGGCUUUUGUUCAGAAAAUAAAGGAUAUGGCCGAGUCUGGCAACUGGCAACAGGAUGACAAACUGACUGCCUUUCUGCACGAAUGCCAACCUGAGCUUGAGGCGACCAAAGGCGAACCGACGACCGCGCAAUUACUAUCCUCAUCACGUUACACUUCACCAUUUCAAAUAUCUCUAACGAAAAAGGAAGUAGUCAUGUCCUAG